CCACGGCCCCUGAACGCAGCAGCAGGCUGACUGGCUCCGUGAAGAUGGCGGACUGUAUACGUGUUCCUCUUCUCCUGCUUACGAUCUGCAGCUUCUCUUUGCACCCGAUUCGAGGAGAAAACAACGUUAUCGCUAAACUCGCAGCUAAUGUUGAUAUUCCGCAAAAACCUGCCGGAGGUCCGGGGCCGGCGGCGGGGAUCCCUGGAGCCGCAGAGAGGAUCCCGGGAGCCGCGGCCUCGCUGCCUCGGAGGCGCUCCACCGGGUGGAAGUUGGCCGAUGAGGGGGUGUGCAGGGAGGACCUGACCCGGCUUUGCCCCAAACACUCGUGGAACAACAACCUGGCGGUGCUGGAGUGUCUGCAGGACAGGAAAGAGGAAACUGAAAUUGCAGCCGAAUGCAACCAUCUGCUGUGGAACUACAAGCUGAACCUGACCACCGACCCCAAGUUUGAGUCCGUAGCCGUGGAGGUCUGCAAGACCACCAUCUCUGAGAUCAAAGAAUGCGCGGCGGAGGAGCUGGGGAAGGGCUACCUGGUGUCCUGCCUGGUGGAUCACCGCGGCAACAUCAGCGACUACCAGUGCAACCAGUACAUCACCAAGAUGACCACCAUCGUGUUCAGCGACUACCGGUUCAUCUGCGGCUUCAUGGACAAGUGCCGCGAGGACAUCAACGCGCUGCGCUGCGGCAGCAUCAGCACCGGGGAGAAGGACGUCCACUCUCAGGGCGAGGUCAUCGCCUGUCUGGAGAAGGCUUUGGUGCGGGAGGCCGAGGAGCAGCAGGGGGCGCAUCCCAUCAAGGACGAGUGCAAGAAGUCCAUCAUGAGGGUGGCCGAGCUCUCCUCGGACGACUUCCACCUGGACCGCUACCUGUACUUCUCCUGCCGGGAGGACCGCGAGCGCUUCUGUGACAAGACGCUGGCCGGAGAGGGACGAGUUUACAAAUGUCUCUUCAAUCACAAGUUCGAGGAGGCGAUGUCGGAGAGGUGCCGCGAGGCGUUGACCACCAGGCAGAAGCUGAUCGCCCAGGACUACAAGGUGAGCUACUCGCUGGCCAAGGCCUGCAAGUCGGACCUGAGGAAGUACCACUGCAGCGGCGACAGCAACAUGCCGCGGGCCCGCGAGGCCCGCCUCUCCUACCUGCUGCUGUGCCUGGAGUCAGCUGUGCACCGAGGCCGCGUGGUCAUGGGCGAGUGUCAGGGCGAGAUGAUGGACUACAGGCGGAUGCUGAUGGAGGACUUCUCCCUGAGUCCGGAGAUCGUGCUGCACUGCCGGGCGGAGAUCGAGGGCCACUGCUCGGGCCUCCACCGCAAGGGCCGCACGCUGCACUGCCUCAUGAGGGUCGGCCGGGGCGACGCCGGCGCCAUCGACGCCAACUGCCAGAGGGCGCUCCAGACUCUGAUCCAGGAGGCCGACCCCGGCUCCGACUACCGCAUCGACCGGGCCCUCAACGAGGCCUGUGAGUCGGUGAUCCAGACGGCCUGCAAGCACAUCCGCAGCGGGGACCCCAUGAUCCUGUCGUGUCUGAUGGAGCACCUGUACACAGAGAAGAUGGUGGAGGACUGUGAGCACCGGCUGCUGGAGCUGCAGUACUUUAUCGCCCGGGACUGGAAGCUGGAUCCCAUCCUGUACAGGAAGUGUCAGGGCGACGCCGCCCGGCUCUGCCACGCCCACCGCUGGAACGAGACCAGCGAGGUGAUGCCGCCCGGCGCCAUCUUCUCCUGCCUGUACCGCCACGCCUACCGCUCGGUGGAGCAGGGCCGCCGGCUCCUCGAUGGGGGGUCUGAAGCAGGGAACCAGGGUUUGACUCUCUCCAGGGACUGUAAGGUGGAGGUGCACAGGAUCCUCCACCAGAGGGCGCUGGACGUGAAGCUGGACCCUGAGCUCCAGAAGCAGUGCAUGACCGACCUGGGGAAGUGGUGCAGCGAGAAGACGGAGCCCGGCCAGGAGCUGGAGUGCCUGCAGGACCACCUGGAGGACCUGGGGCCCGGCUGCAGGGACGUGGUGGGCAACCUGACGGAGCUGGAGUCCGAGGACAUCCAGAUCGAGGCGCUGCUGAUGCAGGCGUGUGAACCCGUCAUCCAGACCUUCUGCCACGAGGUGGCCGAUAACCAGAUCAACACGGGGGACCUGAUGGAGUGUCUGGUGCAGAACAAACACCAGAAGGAGAUGAACGAGAAGUGUUCUGUGGGAGUGACUCACUUCCAGCUGAUCCAGAUCAAAGACUUCCGUUUCUCCUACAAGUUCAAGACGGCCUGCAAGGAGGACGUCCUCAAGCUGUGUCCCAACAUCAAGAAGAAGGUGGACGUGGUGAUCUGCCUCAGCACCACGGUGAGGAACGACACGCUGCAGGACGCCAAGGAGCAGCGGGUGUCCAUCAAGUGUCGCAAACAGCUGCGGGUGGAGGAGGUGGAGAUGUCAGAGGACAUCCGCUUGGAACCAGAGUUGUACGACUCCUGUAAGCAGGACAUCAACCGGCUGUGUCAGAACGUGGCCUUUGGAAACGCACAGGUCAUCGAGUGUCUGAAGGAGAACAAGCGUCAGCUGACUCAGCGCUGCCACCAGCGCAUCUUCAAGCUGCAGGAGGUGGAGAUGGUGGAUCCUGAGCUGGACUACCAGCUGAUGAGGGUCUGCAAGCACAUGAUCAGGAGGUUCUGUUCGGAGUCGGAGGGGAAGAACGUUCUUCAGUGUCUGAAGCAGAACAAGAACAGCGAGCUGAUGGACCCAAAAUGCAAGCAGAUGAUCACCAAGAGACAGAUCACCCAGAACACAGACUACAGGCUGAACCCGGUACUGAGGAAGGCCUGCAAAGCCGACAUCCCCAAGUUCUGCCAGCCGGUCCUGAACAAGGCCACGGCCGACAGCGAGCUGGAGGGUCAGGUCAUCUCCUGCCUCAAGCUCAAAUACGCCGACCAGCGUUUGUCUCCAGACUGCGAGGCUCAGAUCCAGGUCAUCCUGCAGGAGUCGGCGCUGGACUACAGGCUGGACCCUCAGCUGCAGAUCCAAUGCACGCAGGAGAUUUCCCGGCUGUGUUCGGAGGAGGCGGCGGCUCAGGAGCAGACGGGUCAGGUGGAGGAGUGUCUGAAGGUCAACCUGCUGAAGAUCAAACAGGAAGGAUGUAAGAAGGAGGUGCUGAACAUGCUGAAGGAGAGUAAGGCGGACAUCUUCGUGGACCCCGUCCUCCACACGGCCUGCGCGCUGGACAUCAAACAUCAAUGUGCAGCCAUCCCGCCUGGGAGGGGACGACAGAUGUCGUGUCUGAUGGAGGCGCUUCAGGACAAACGAGUCCGUCUGCAGCCGGAGUGCAAGAAGAGGCUUCAGGAUCGCCUCGAGAUGUGGAGCUACGCCGCAAAGGUGGCUCCUGCUGAGGGCUUCUCGGACCUGGCUAUGCAGGUGAUGACGUCUCCAUCCAAGAACUACAUCCUGACGGUGAUUGGUGGCGGCGUGGCGGUGCUCUUUGUGAUGGGGCUGCUCUGCGGCCGAUUCACCAGGCGCGUCACUCAGCAGCUGAAGGACAGGUAGACCCCGCCCCCUUUGGGUUCAGGACACACCCACCAGAGAAACGACCACCGCUAAUCAUCAACCCCCCCCCCCCCGCCCCCCUCCCCCUCUGAGUCACCACUUGAUUUACAACGAACAUUUGCCUCUUUGGCCCGAAGAGGAAUUACCCACAAUCCUGCAGGACAAAGUGACCUCAGCGAUCUGCUCUUCCUUCACUCGGCGGGAGGCCACGCCCCCUGCCACGUUUCUUCUUCUCUUCCCAAGCGUCGAUAACGAGCGCGGCCUCCUGCUGUGGUUUUGCCCCCCCCCCCCCCCCCCCUCAGCUGAUGAAGAUGCAUUGUUGCUCUGCGGUUUCUUUCUUGCUCCCCAUGUUGGUCGUGGGGCAAAGAAAGGGGUGGGAGGGGCUUGUAAGGGUCAGAGGUUAAGAUUGGCAAAGGAGGUCAAAUCAUACGGAGUGUAAAUGUGUAGAAAGUGGGUUUAAAAGUGUGUGUGUGUGUGUGUGUGUGUGUGAGAGAGAAACUGUCCUACCACCAAAUUGUUCUAGUUUGUUGUCUUACUAAAGGUUUUUUGGGGGGGGGUUGGAUAUAUCUUUUUUUUUUCUUUUUGCUGAUGUGUUAGUUAGAUUUUCCCGCCAUGGGACUGCCGGGCGGGCGGUGCCAAGCAGUCAGCUCUCCAGGUGGACGGAUCAAACGCUCCCAACCAGCUCACUCACGUCUCUCCUCACAGCCGCAGCUACGUGUGGAUGCUUGAUUUUUACUCUCUGAAGCAGCGGAUCUGACGACUUCAGUACUUUUCUGUUUUUUCCCGGCCUUAAAGCCCUCGUCCACCUGCUACUUUUCACAGUUCCGGCGGCCGGUUGGGACGCUUGUUUCCGGUGAGGGGUCCUCCCGGUCCAACCGGGUGGGAGUUUAUUGCGCUGGCUGCUGACACAGAAAAAAAAAACAACGGAAUAAAAUAAAAAGAUUCUAGAUUAUUAUAGAGAUGUGAACAUUUUUGUGUGAAGAUGAUACUGGAAUCACUGCACAUUUGUCAUUCUUUUUUUAUGUUUAUAUAUAUCUAUCAAUACAUGGAUAUAUAUAAAUGUAUAUACGGUUUUGUCAUAGCCUUAUUUAUUUUACUAAUCUUUUUUUUAAUUUUUUUUUAUAUGAUUUGAAUGUUCUCUGGUUGCCUUUUCUCCAGCCUCUGAGGGGGGGGGGGGG